UUUGCAAUCGACCUCCUCGGGCACAGCAACCCACCACCAAGAUGGAGUCGCCCGCCAACGAUCAAAAGACGACCAAGCUCCUCGUGACCGGCGAGUCGCCCAACGAGAUCCCGGACGACGUCUUGACCAACAUCCAGGAGAACCGCCGGUUCAUUUGGUGGUCGCUUCUCUUCCUCAACGGGUCGUGUCUCUGGGCGUACUACUCGUGCUUGUCGGCGCAGACGUACUACAACGACCGCUUCAAGGACACCAAGUACAAGUUUGAGUACUUGACGACGCUCGUCACGACGUGGCCCAUGUUCAUCGGCCACUUCACCCAAGUGAGUCUCGGCCUCGACAAGAAGCUCGGCUUCAAGAACCGCAUCCACAUUGGCUACUCGAUCCUCGUGCUCUGCGCGCUCGCCAUCAUCUUUCAAGACGCGUUCGGCGCGUCGCCUGACACGGGCGCGAUCGUUGUGCUCGUGGCGUUUGCCGUCGUCGGCUUUAUGAACUCGCUCACCGAGUCGGGCUUCUACGCGCUCUCGGCGCUCUUCCCGGAUGCGAUCUUUACCGACGCCGUCCAAAUGGGCAACGGCACGUCCGGUAUCAUCAACGUGACGCUCAACACGCUCAUCCAGCUCAUCGUUGGCGGCACCAACCCCGCGCCCGAAGACACGCGCGACAUUUCCAAGAUCUCGUUCUACAUCUUUAUCAGCGUCUGGAUCAUUGUCUGCUUCCUCGCGGUGUACGUCUUCCACAAGUUGAUGCGGAUUCCGGCCGUGCACCACCUCAUGGAGCGCAACGACGCCGAGACGGCCCGCCGCGCGGCCAACCAGGAAACGUACCCCGAAAUGUGGGCGCGCCUCGGCCGCAUCACGUCGGCCGUGUCCGUGCCGCUCCUCUGCAUCAUCAUUGUCUUCCUCUGCUCGCUCACGGCCUUCCCCGGCAUUGGCAUCUCGUCCGGCAUCCAGCUCGCCAAGGGCGCUUCGUGGACCACGUGGUACAUCAACGGCGUGCUCCUGAGCUACAACUACGGCGACUUCUUUGGCCGACUGGUCGCGCACAAGCUCUACAAGUUCUUCACGCUCCAGUCGUGCUUCCUCUACUCGCUCGUGCGCUGGGGCUUCUUCAUUCUCCUCCUCAUCGGCCUCCCGGGUCUUGACGCCGAAGGCAACCCGACCAAGAACCCGCUCUUUGCGAUGGCGUCGGCCCACGACUUUAACGUCUUUUGGCAGCUCUUCAUCACGCUCCUCGUCGGUGUCACCAACGGCAUUUUGAGCACGAUCUCGCUCGGCCUUGGUUCGCGCCUCGUGCCGCAGGACGACCGCGAGUCGGCCGGUGCGAUUCUCUGCCUCGGUCUCUUCUUUGGUAUCUCGUCCGGCGCGACCGUCGGCUGGCAGUUUGGCGUCCAGCACUGGCUUGGCGCAUAA